AUGAAUUCAUCAAAUAUCUUGACUAAUGACUCAAGUAUUUUUCAAUUUCCAACAAUUUUUGAAUACAGCUAUGCUCAUACCCAUUCCAAACGCCUGAGUCAAUGUGGACAAUCUUUUUCAAAGAAUAAGUGCGGUGUCACUAUAUUUGACAUUACCAAUGAUUCAGAAAUAGAAUUAGAACAAGCUAGAUUUUCUUUUAAUUAUAUAUACAAUGAAUUAAUCAAUUAUAGUGAUGAGGAAAUAAUUAGAUCUAAGGAAAAGGGAAUUAAUAGAAAGUUCAUAUUAAUAUCAACUGCAAUGACUUGGGUUAAGGAAACUUGCAAUAAUCAAAUUUAUAGCGAGAAUGAAGAGGUAAAUACUAGUUUUACGGAAAAAAAUAUUUUUCAAACAUAUAUAAUUGGUACUGGCAUUAUUUACGGUCAUGAAGAAAAUGCUUUACAUCAUGUUUUUACUAGUGCUUGGCAUAAUCCUAAAGAAAUGUAUAUUACCAUGUUGAAUCGAACAGUGCCUGUGUUUCAUGUUGAUGAAUUAGUCAAAUUAGUUUUCAUUGUUUCAAAAUAUGAUCGUGUUAAGACUAACUAUAUUCUGGCAGUAGAACAAGAAUCAUAUGGUUUUAAUAACAUUAUAAGAUCCAUGUGUGAUGAACUUUAUUCUAUGUUAGAUAUAAUUAUACCCGACAAUCAGAUACUUCAAACAUCAAUAAUAUCAAAUAUGAAAAAAUUGACACUUGAUUUUGUUGAAGCAAAUAAAUUAUACUCUCUAAAAAUUAUAGUUAGUGGGCAACCAACACACGUGUCAUCCAAUAUUGCAAAGCGUUUAGCUAAGUAUUAUAAAGUACAACUGAUUAACAUUCCUAAAUUAAUAAAUAACUAUUUCACCUCAUUGAAAAAUGAUCGAAUUGAAUUAGAGUUAAAAAUAAAUGAUCUUUUCGUAAAACGUACCAAUAUCAAACAUGCGUUAGCUAAAUUAAUUGCUCAAUUUGAUGAAUGGUAUUCAGAAAUGUUGCGAAGACAGUUGUUUGACUAUUAA